UGUCAUCUAUUGUAUUGAAAAGUAAAAUAAAAAGGUGACUAAUUUAAAAAUAAACUAUUAUAAAAUACAAGGAAAUUAAUAUUUAAAAAACAGGUCAUCAAAGAUGGAUUCGCAAGAACUUUUAGCGCGCGAAAAUGAAUUUAAAAAACUAAACAAGGAGUUGGAAAAGAAAACAGAAAGUCUUAUGAAGGAAAUAGAACAUGCUAUGCAAAAACCAGAUGUAUUUGCAGAUCUGCCACAUAAAUUAAAAUUAACACCUUCACCUAGAAAUAUAAAAAAACACUGCUGUGAUACACGAACAUUAACCCCACAAAGUGCAGAUAAACAGAAAAAACUUAACCACCCAAUACUAAACAACAAAGAAAAAGAGAGACUUAAUCACCAAAAGGCAAAUACAGAAAUGAAAAAGACAGGACAAAAUAAUUGUGAAAUCUCUGAAAAUUACUAUAAAAAUACAGUACAAAUGUGUCAUAAUUGUAUGUUUAAUGAAAAUGGUUCUUUAAAUAAUGAUAUAGAGUUCUUACAUGCCUUUGUUUCUAUUAAUAUUGAUGACAAGAUAUUGCCUCAAACAUUUUUGAAAGAGCGUGUGUCUGUGGAACGCGUGUGCAAAUUCCUAGCGGCCAAGGUGAAGCUUCUACAGGAGCAGGUCGACAAGAUGCAGGCAGCUCUCGAUAAGCAGAGUGCGCAGUGCGCGGGGCACCUGGCGCAGCUGGCGACGCUGGAGGGCGCGCGGCUGGCGCAGCUGAGCCAGGCUGCCGCCGCGCGCGCAGCCGCCGCCGACGCUAGAGCUAAGUGCGCCGCGCUGCAGGCUAACUUAGAAGAGAAGGAGCGUCAGUGGUCGGAGGCAGUGGCGCAGGCGGGGAGCGCGGCGGGGGAGGCGCGGCGCGCGGCGCGGCGGGCGGAGGCGCUGCGGGGGCGGGGGGAGGCGCAACAGCGCGCCCUCGACACCCUCACACGACAGCUCGAAACUGCCAAGAUGGCGGAGAAGGAGUUGCGGGACGCCAGCCGGGCGCUGUCGGCGCAGCAGCAGACGGCGCGGGGGCAGCUGGAGGCGCGCUGCGGGGAGCUGGCCGCCGCCGCGCGCGCGCACGCCGCGCUCGCCGACAACCUGCGCCGCCAGAACGCGCUGCUCGCCGCGCACGCACACCUACACACGCUAGAGGACGACUACACGGCCUUCUUGAAUAAAGAUUUAUGA